UUCUCAUAUGAGCACUUGGGGCUUCAUGUAAAUCAAACAGACGUUCUGUCAUUCACCAGCAAUAUCGCUCCAUAGUGCUCUACACCCAUGUGCCUUCGUGAAAUAUUUCACUAUGCCUGUGGAAGAAAUAUUCAAGUGACUGUGCUUUUUCAGGAAUGGUGACACCAGAAUGUUUUAAAUCUGUUCAUUACCACAACAAGGAUAAAUGGCAUUUCUGCCAAAGACUUUUGCUAACGGGUGCAGUAAUGCAUGUCAGCACUUUCUGAAAUUAGAGGUUCUUCCCUGAGAGACUCUGCCUUCGGGAGUUCAUAAUGUCAUUUCUACUCUUUUGGCAUUAACGUACAGGUGGCCAAUCCCAAGAAGUCCCCUUCCUGGGGUGGUGGCAUGACUUCAGCAUGACCCCAACUUCCUUUCCAGGAAGACCUGGAGAUUUCUCACCAGUCCGGAAGCUUCAGGGAAGGCCUGGCUUUGGACUGACAUUGAACCUUAAAUACUUCAACCUAGAGGAGCAGAUGCAUGAGCAUGGUCCUGCCUUAGGUCCUUUGUACCUGCUGUUCUUCGACCUUGAAUCCUUCACUGCAAAUAACCAUCUGGCUGAGACAUCACUGCCUUCUGAUCUAGACUGUAAUGCCACCUCUCAACGAGGGCCUUAGUAGCUACUCUACCUCCUUGACGGUUCCUGUCUCCCUUCUCUGCUUUGUUUUCUUUUCUCCUUAACACUUUCCUUACCUAAAACUUCAUUUUAAUUAUCUGCAGAGAAUUUAACAUGGAAUACAGAAAUCUCAGGAUGCAGAGAGACUAAUAGAACUUACACAAAAAUUUCUCCUGAAUGAAUUUCCCCACCUUCUUGGUGAUUGUACACCUGCCUUCCUUAUAAGGAGAACAAGGAAGUAAAUCAUGUUGAAGUUGCUUUUAAACACAGCUUUUCUUCUUUACCUGUCCAGGUAGCCUCUGUUUUCAUUUCAGUCUUAAUGAAAACUUUUUAAUUUACAUCUCAAGUUUCUUUUCAAAGCAGUCGAGAACUGAAACGAAUGGGGAUUGAGCUGCUCUGCCUGUUCUUUCUAUUUCUAGGAAGGAAUGAUCGCGUACAAGGUGGCUGUGCCGUGGGAGGAGCAGAAACCUGUGGAGACUGCUUACUCAUUGGACCUCAGUGUGCCUGGUGUUCCCAGGAGAAUUUUACGCAUCCAUCUGGAGUUGGUGAAAGAUGUGAUACCCCAACAAAUCUUUUAGCCAAAGGAUGUCAAUUAACCUUCAUCGAAAACCCUGUCACCCAUAUAGAAAUCCUUAAAAAUAAGCCUCUCAGUGUAGGCAGACAGAAAAAUAGUUCUGACAUUGUCCAGAUUGCACCUCAAAACUUGAUACUUAAAUUGAGACCAGGUGGUGAACAGACUCUGCAAGUGCAUGUCCGCCAGACCGAGGAUUACCCUGUGGACCUGUAUUACCUCAUGGAUCUCUCCGCCUCCAUGGAUGAUGACCUCAACACAAUCAAAGAGCUGGGCUCCCUGCUUUCCAAGGAGAUGUCUAAAUUAACUAGCAACUUUAGACUGGGCUUUGGCUCUUUUGUGGAAAAACCCGUCUCCCCUUUUAUGAAAACAACGCCAGAGGAAAUUGCCAACCCUUGCAGUAGUAUUCCUUACUUCUGCCUACCUACAUUUGGAUUCAAGCACAUUUUGCCUCUGACAAAUGAUGCAGAAAGAUUCAAUGAAAUUGUGAAGAAUCAGAAAAUUUCUGCUAAUAUUGACACACCUGAAGGUGGAUUUGAUGCAAUUAUGCAAGCUGCUGUGUGUAAGGAGAAAAUCGGCUGGCGGAACGACUCGCUCCAUCUCCUGGUUUUUGUGAGCGAUGCCGAUUCUCACUUUGGAAUGGACAGCAAGCUGGCAGGCAUUGUCAUUCCCAACGAUGGGCUCUGUCACCUGGACAACAAGAAUGAGUACUCCAUGUCUACUGUCCUGGAAUAUCCAACAAUUGGACAACUCAUUGAUAAACUGGUGCAAAACAACAUGUUAUUGAUCUUUGCUGUAACCCAAGAACAAGUUCACUUAUAUGAGAAUUACGCAAAACUUAUACCGGGAGCCACCGUGGGACUACUUCAGAAGGACUCCGGAAACAUUCUCCAGCUAAUCAUCUCAGCUUAUGAAGAACUGCGGUCUGAGGUGGAACUGGAGGUAUUAGGAGACACAGAAGGACUCAACCUGUCCUUCACAGCUGUCUGUAACAACGGCACCCUCUUCCCACACCAGAAGAAAUGCUCUCACAUGAAGGUGGGAGACACAGCUUCAUUCAAUGUGACUGUGAGUAUUCCAAACUGUGAGAGAAGCAGGCGCAUUACCAUAAAGCCCGUGGGGCUGGGGGACACCCUGGAAAUACUCAUCAGUCCGGAGUGCCACUGCGACUGUCAGAAAGAAGUGGAAGUGAACAGCUCCAAAUGCCACAAUGGAAACGGCUCCUUCCAGUGUGGGGUGUGUGCCUGCAACCCCGGCCACAUGGGUCCUCACUGCGAGUGUGGUGAGGACAUGCUGAGCACAGAUUCCUGCAAGGAGGCCCCUGAUCAUCCCUCAUGCAGCGGAAGGGGUGACUGCUACUGUGGGCAGUGCAUCUGCCACUUGUCUCCCUAUGGAAACAUUUAUGGUCCUUACUGCCAGUGUGACAAUUUCUCCUGCCUGAGACACAAAGGGCUGCUCUGUGGAGAUAACGGGGACUGUGACUGUGGUGAGUGCGUGUGCAGGACCGGCUGGACCGGCGAAUACUGUAACUGCACAACCAGCACAGACUCAUGUGUCUCUGAGGACGGAGUGCUGUGCAGCGGGCGCGGGGACUGCGUUUGCGGCAAGUGUGUUUGCACAUACCCUGGAGCCUCAGGACCCACCUGUGAACGAUGUCCUACCUGCGGUGACCCCUGUAACUCCAAGCGAAGCUGCAUCGAAUGCCACCUGUCUGCAGAUGCCAAGGCCCAAGAAGAGUGUGUGGACAAAUGCAAACUAGCUGGCGCAACCAUCAGUGAGGAAGAAGAUUUCUCAAAGGAUAGUUCUGUUUCCUGCUCUCUGCAAGGAGAAAAUGAAUGUCUUAUUACAUUCCUAAUAACUACAGAUAACGAGGGGAAAACCAUCAUUCACAGCAUCAAUGAGAAAGACUGUCCAAAACCUCCAAACAUUCCUAUGAUCAUGUUGGGGGUUUCACUGGCUAUUCUUCUCAUCGGGGUUGUCCUUCUGUGCAUUUGGAAGCUGCUGGUAUCAUUUCAUGAUCGGAAAGAAGUUGCCAAAUUUGAAGCAGAACGAUCAAAGGCCAAGUGGCAAACGGGAACCAAUCCACUGUACAGAGGCUCCACUAGUACUUUUAAAAAUGUAACCUAUAAACACAGGGAAAAACAAAAGGUGGAUCUCACCACAGAAGGAUAGAAUCACUUCAUGCACGGGAAGAGUUAGCUUCACUGAUGUGAAAUGUUAAUGCACUAUUUGAUUUUCCUUUCUUUGUUGCUUCAAGAGGAGGUUGGCUUAAGCUAAUAGCAGGUCAUUUGGAGAUCAGUCAUUCUCUGUAUGAAGGUGAGACACUAUGUUGACAGGUUCAAAGUAAUCAAGAAGAGGAAUUUCCUUAGCAAAGAGGUGACUUUGGGGAUCAUUUGAGGAAUACUAACUCUGUUGCAUUAAUGCUUCAAAAAAAUCAUCAAAAUGAUUCAUGGGGGCCUGAUUUGUGUUUGAAAAAUGUUGAAAAUUAGAAUCUCAUUUGUUGCAGGAGUACAGCUAUCUAAAGUCUUUGUCCCAGCAAAGUCACGAAGUCCAUAUGCUUAUUGUAUACCCACACUUUCCAGUUAUUCUAAACUUGCAGUAAAUCCAUCCUAAAGGAGAAUUUUUUUUUUAACUAGGAGAACUGAGAUUCUGAUUUCAUUCAGUUGAAAGGAUGCAUUUCUUCCAAAGAUAUCCCAAAUUGUAAGAUUGAAAAUUAUGUUGAUAAUUUCUGUGAAUUAUCUGCAUGCACCUGUAAGUCAGGUACACAAACAAGCACUUGUUUUACAGACAAGGAAAAAGUAAUUUAUAAAUUAAGUCACUAGUAAAAACAAAAAUAAUAAUCCUACCAUUUAGCCUGUUUUUAAAGUACCUGAAAAAUAAUCUAUGCUCAGUUUCCUUUUUGUCCUUGAGUUUUCAAACUGUUACUUCUCCCUGUUUCUCAAUCGUCUUAUUCAGUGUCAGAGUCUUCUAAACCUGUAAUUGUCACAUGAGAGUUUUCAUUUCUUUUUGAAAAAUUACUUUAAAUGGUUAGCUUAUUCACAGAGAGUUCUAGUAAUAUAAAAGGAACAUGGGUAAACAGAACAAAUGUUUAAAUGGCUUUAAAUCAAGCACAACAAGAGUACACAGCUCCCUCAUGAAUUGCAGAUUUUAAAGUCUAUGUUCUUUUCUCAUUAGCAUAAUGCAACGUGCACAUUUCAGCUACAUGUGGUUGAUACGCACUAUAUGUUUAAGAAGUAAGAUUUUACUUACAAAAUAACGUAGACAAUUAGGGGUUCAUCAGUUGAUUGACGAGAUGGCCUCUGUAGAAUGUUAUUUCUUAUGGUUACUGCUGUGUCAGAAAGCACUUUCAUCUCACUUGAUCCUUGCACGGAAAUAAAGGCUCAGAGAGUGAGUAGAAGAACUGGGAUCAGAAUCCACAUCUUCUAACUCCAAGGCAUUUCCUCUUCCCACUGCAUGGGACUGCCUCUUUUGUCAUUAAAAUGAUAGAAACAUUCUAUUAGUUAAGCAAUAACUAUCAUUUGUUUGAAAUGUACUGAGACUAAACAAAUAGCAUUUCAAGUACUGGAAUACAGGUGAGUUGUACUUUAGUGCAAUGUUUAUUAGCUUUGAUUAAAUUGUAAUGUAAAGCCUUAUAGAGUUCCUUACAUACUGGAGGCUUCAUGGUUGUCCAUUGAAUUGCCAGUGUAAUCUCGAAGUUUCUUCAGUCCUACCAGAUUGAUGUGUGUACAUUUGAUCACUUGAAGACUUUUCCCCCACCCCCCGGUUUCUAAACAACUCAGGUAAAUCAUACAUUUAGGGAGUACUGGGCUAUAUGCGAAGGAUUACUGAACAAUCUCCUUGGACAUCUGAAGGACUGAUAUGCCGCUCCAUUCUUGAUGGGGAAGUCUAGAGCAACCUGCUGCGGCCCUUGACGGUGACACAGCAGUAGCAGUCCCCUGUACAUGAGACUGCUUGUGUUGUUUUUGUAUAAUUACUGACGUGGGAUUUUAGAAAAUAGAUUUUAGAAAAUUUGUGUGUGUGCAUUAGGGAAGAAUCUGCUCUUUCUUUAAAUGCUGUUUUGACCCAAGGCAGGACCUUGAAAAGGUCAAAACAUUAACAGUAGUACUUCUAUUCACUGAAGAGUUAUGUUACAUGAAGAUAAAAUGUUUGUUUUGUAAGUUGUUGUAUUUUCUGUUGACAUAAAUAAACAUGGUAAUUUAAACAGA